AUGGCCCCCAGGGACAGCGCGGAGCCUCAGCCUCCGCCACCUCCUCAGGGCUGGGUGUGGCCUGGAAAGAUAGUGGCAGUGGCGAUGGGUGCCCUGGCAGGCUUCUGGAUCCUCAGCCUACUCACCUAUGGCUACCUGUGCUGGGGCCAGGGCUUAGAAGAGGAGGGGCUCCUGGGUGCUCAAGCUGAAGAGAGAUCUGAAGCAGGCGCCACGGGCACCGCCCAGCCCCAUCUCAUUUUCAUCUUAGCUGAUGAUCAGGGAUUUAGAGACGUGGGUUACCACGGAUCUGAGAUAAAGACGCCCACUCUUGACAAACUCGCUGCGGAAGGAGUUAAACUAGAGAAUUACUAUGUCCAGCCUAUUUGCACACCGUCCAGGAGCCAGUUUAUCACCGGAAAGUAUCAGAUCCACACGGGACUCCAGCAUUCUAUCAUCAGACCUACCCAACCCAACUGUCUACCUCUAGACAACGCAACCCUACCUCAAAAGCUGAAGGAGGUCGGCUACUCAACUCAUAUGGUUGGGAAAUGGCACUUGGGGUUUUACAGGAAAGAAUGCAUGCCCACCAAGAGAGGAUUUGAUACCUUCUUUGGCUCCCUUUUGGGAAGUGGAGAUUAUUAUACCCACUACAAAUGUGACAGCCCCGGGAUGUGUGGCUAUGACUUAUAUGAAAAUGAUAACGCUGCUUGGGACUAUGACAAUGGCAUAUAUUCAACACAGAUGUAUACUCAGAGAGUGCAGCAAAUCCUAGCUUCCCAUGACCCCGCCAAACCUAUAUUUUUAUAUGUUGCUUACCAAGCUGUGCACUCACCACUACAGGCUCCUGGCAGGUAUUUUGAACACUACCGAUCCAUCAUCAACAUAAACAGGAGGAGGUACGCAGCCAUGCUCUCAUGCUUGGAUGAAGCGAUCCACAAUGUGACCCUGGCUCUAAAGCAGUAUGGCUUCUAUGACAAUAGCAUUAUCAUAUACUCCUCAGAUAACGGCGGACAGCCCACAGCAGGAGGAAGUAACUGGCCUCUCAGAGGUAGUAAAGGAACAUAUUGGGAAGGGGGCAUCCGGGCAGUUGGCUUUGUGCAUAGUCCACUUCUGAAAAACAAGGGAACGGUGUGUAAGGAACUUGUGCACAUCACAGAUUGGUACCCAACCCUGAUUUCAUUGGCGGAAGGGCAGAUUGAUGAAGACAUUCAGCUGGAUGGAUACGAUAUCUGGGAGACGAUAAGUGAAGGUCUUCGUUCACCCCGAGUGGAUAUUUUGCACAACAUUGACCCCAUUUACACCAAGGCGAAAAAUGGCUCCUGGGCAGCAGGCUAUGGAAUCUGGAACACGGCAAUCCAAUCAGCCAUCCGGGUGCAACACUGGAAGCUGCUCACAGGAAAUCCUGGCUACAGCGACUGGGUCCCCCCUCAGGCUUUCAGCAAUCUGGGCCCAAACCGAUGGCACAACGAGAGGAUUACCUUGUCAACUGGCAAAAGCAUCUGGCUUUUCAACAUCACCGCUGAUCCAUACGAGAGGGUGGACCUCUCCAGCCGGUAUCCUGGCAUCGUGAAGAAGCUGCUGCGGAGGCUGUCACAGUUCAACAAGACGGCCGUGCCAGUCAGGUAUCCCCCGAAGGAUCCCAGAAGCAACCCUCGACUCAACGGAGGAGUCUGGGGCCCGUGGUAUAAAGAGGAAAACAAGAAAAAGAAAACAAACAAAACCAAGGCAAAAGAAAACAAGCAAAAGAAAAGUAAAGCGAGGACGAGAAAACAACCGGCCGCACACUCUUCUACAAAAUACCACCCAAGUGUUACUGCCGGCUGAAUGCAAGACUUUCUGACUUGGUUAAGCUUAAAUCGC